GCAUCUCUGCGCGGUCUCCUGGGAAACUGAUCCGGUAAACACGAGAGCGGAACAGGAGCGCGCACGUAGUAACUGCGCUGGCAUGACGACUGCAGCGCGCAGAUGAAGAUCAGGAUGAUGAACUGGUUCAUGAACUACACCAGGAGCUUGUGAUCAUAAGAAUGACAAGGACUUUAUGGACACAUUAGUGUUAACAAAGUUUAAGUUUGCGUAGUUUUACCCAUGGAGCGGAAGAUGGGCAACAGACGCGCCACUUCUGCGGGUUACCGGUUACCGGGGCGGCCGAACGUCGCCCUGACCUCGCAGUCAUCAGUGUCCGUGGUGAGAACCUCUCAGAGCGGGACGCGACCCCAGAGCGAGCCGCCGCUGCUGCGGGACCCCGACACAAGAGACCCGGUGAAGCAGGACCGCGUGUGGAGGGAGCUGGUGCUCGCCGAGAGGACCGGGCUGAAGGAAUGGGAGAAGAACUGGAGUUUUCUGAAAAACUUUGACCAGCUAGGUCACCCGAGGACAGAGACGCCCCUCCCCAGCUACGUCUCUCUGUACUCCGAUACCCUCCCAAACACCAGCAACCAGACCAUCGGCAGCCGCGUGUGUACCGAACUGGGCAGAGAGAUGAUGCGAAUGGACAAACUGCUAAUGCUAACAGCUACUCACCGAAAGACCAAACCAAGUCCAGAAAUGCAGCCUUGCUGACAUCAGGCUUCGAUCUGGACUCACUGUUAACCAAAUUAGAGCUAGAAAUCAUUAUAUAGAUUUACAUGAAUAAGUGAAUAAACAGAAUCAGUUUUUUAAUCA